UAGUGAUCAGAGCCACGGUGUGUAGUUGAUGUAUGACCAGUGAGCUAGGAGGGACGGAUCUCUUGACACGUGAUCCCCUAAACAUCCCUAGGAAUUAUGCAGGAAAAGGGGUGGAGAUUUUAUAUUGACGAGAAAAAGUUGAAAAUAGGAUUGUCACACGGAGACGGGAAAACUGUUUUUGUCCACUGUACAGUGGAGGAACGGAACUGAGUGGUCAAGAUAAACCUUGUAAGCGGUGAUUGUUUUGAGCCAGGGAACGAAACAUGUCUAAAAGUGUCAGUAGGGAGCGAUUGUCAAACUCCCAAAACUCCCUGUCAAUCACCGACGUCGAUGUCAGUAUGAAGGAGCCCAAAAGCGGUAUGAUGUCACGUGGUAUUUUGGUGGCGCUGGUUCUUUGUUUGGUAGUGAUUCUAGCUCUAGUUAUCGCUCUUGCUGUCAUCUCAGGCAAAAAGAUAGAUAACGCCGACGAAAGCAGCCAAAUUCCACAGGCCAGUCAGCAAUCAGGAAAGGUGUACCGGUGUCUAACAGCUGACUGUGCCCGGGCAGCGUCGGAAUUGGCUAACUCUAUUGACGUAACAGCUGACCCCUGUGACAAUUUCCAUCAGUUCGCGUGUGGCCGCUGGGCCAAGCGUCAUGUGCUCAAGCCAGACGAGUCUGCAUUUGGCACCUUCUACCAAGUCCGAGAGGAUGUCAAAGUCACUCUGAAAUAUCUUUUGGAGGCGGAAGUGACGACAGAGGACCCGGAAGCAAUAAAGAAAGCCAAAUACACGUACCAGUCCUGUGUUGAUGAAGAGAAAAUGGAAUCCUUAGGUGUCGCGGAAGGAAUUGCAUUUAUCAAAGAGCUUGGUGGCUGGCCGGUACUGGGUAACAAACCCGGAGGUCAAGCCAGAGCUCUCGGACUCGAGGAACUAUUAAAACGUACGAGGAAGUAUAGUAACAGGCCUAUCCUGGAUAUGUAUGUGUACGAUGACUCAAAGGACGUCCAACACAACAUUAUGAAUAUCGACCAGCCAUCACUAGGCAUGCCUGACCGGAAGUACUUCUUGAAUGGCCGUGACGACAAGACGUUGAAGGCGUACGAGAGGUUUGCUGUGGAGCUAGCUAAAGCUUUUGGCGCUGACUCUACCUCGGCCGAACAACAGAUACGGGAGAUGGUGGAUUUCGAAAUAAAAAUUGCUAAUUUGACCAUGCCAUCCGACCAGAGAAGAAAUGCCGACAAACUAUACAACAAAAUGACUAUUGGAACGCUGAAGCGACGGUACCCCCAGUUUAAAUGGAUGGAUUAUUUUAACGGAGUGCUUGGCGACGAAAACAUAGGAUAUUCGGUGACCGAGUCAGAGAAUGUUAUUGUCGUGAAUCCUGAUUACAUGGGUAAAAUAUUCACCAUGAUCAACGGAACACCUAACAAAGAGCGCAUCCUGGCUAACUAUGUGGUGUGGAUAAGUCUUUACAAGCUGGCCCUCUCACUUCCGGCUAACAUCCAGGAUCUUCGACAGGAUUACUACAGAGUAUUACGCGGAUCUAAGACUUCCGAGCCUAGAUGGCAUUAUUGCACUGGUGUAGCCAAUGACAGACUCGGCCUUGCUGUAGGCAAGCUCUUUGUUAAAGAAGCAUUCGACCCGGAGGCCAAGCGGGAUGCGUUACAGAUGAUAACAAACCUUCGUUCGUCAAUGAAAGGACUGUUGUCUGAGAACGACUGGAUGGAUGAUCCUACUAAAGCUGUGGCUAUCGAUAAGUUGAAGGCCAUCGUGCCACGUAUAGGCUACCCGGACAACGUAAUGGACGACAACUACCUAAAUAAACGAUACGGAAAUUACACGGUUAGCGCCUCCGCCUAUUUUAACAACACACUGAACUCCAGGAUGAAUGCUGCAUAUUAUAGUCUCAGGAAGCUAAGGAAAAACGUCGACAGAGAAACGUGGGAAACUGACCCCGCCACAGUGAAUGCCUUCUACAAUCCCCCUAGGAACCAGAUCACUUUCCCAGCUGGUAUUCUACAGCCGCCAUUCUACCACAAGGAUUAUCCGCAGUAUCUGAACUACGGAGGAAUUGGUUACGUCAUCGGUCACGAGAUAACCCACGGGUUUGACGACAAUGGACGAAGGUACGAUAAGACAGGACAGCUGAACGCCUGGUGGACGAACUCCUCUAUAAAUGCAUUCAAAACUAAAGCAGAGUGUAUGGUGAAUCAGUACGGCGGAUACACGGUAGAGGCAGCCAAGACAAACUUGAAUGGGAAACUAACGCUCGGCGAGAAUAUCGCUGACAAUGGUGGACUAAAAGAGAGUUUCCGGGCAUACCGGAAAUGGGUGGCGGAGAACGGAGAGGAACCAAAACUUCCGGGAUUAGAGUAUACUCCAAAUCAGCUUUUUUUCCUGAACUCGGCACAUGUAUGGUGUGGAAUAAUGAGACCAGAGGAGGCUCUCCGAAGAAUUCGUGUAGAUGUACACAGCGAUGGAAAAUCAAGGGUUAAUGGUCCGACGUCAAAUAAUAACGAUUUUGCGGAAGCAUUCAACUGUCCACGAGGGAGUAAACAGAAUCCGGUCAAUAAGUGUGUCAUCUGGUAGAUGUAAGGCUGUCAUGACAACUAUUACGUCAUGUCUGUCAAUUGGUAGACGUGAGGUUGUCAUGACAACUAUUACGUCAUGUUUGUAAUCUGGAAGACUUUAAGCUGUCAUGACUACUAUUACGUCAUGUCUACCAUCUGGUAGACGUUAGGCUGUCAUGACAACUUUUAUUUCAUGUCUGUCAUCAGGUAGACGUUAGGCUGCCAUGACAACUAUUACGUUAUGUCUGUCGUCAAAUUGACGUUUGGCUGUCAUGACAACUAUAAAUUUAUAUGUUAACUAUUCAGCAUUAGAGGAACACAGUUUGUUCCUCUGUUCAUUUAUAUUAAGAAAGUGUACUGAUAAUAUGUGUAGUUCAAACGACAUUGUGAUAGUCAGAGAACUGUUUAUUAUGAUAGAAUUCUGAGAGUGUUAUUUUGUAAGCUAAUAAAAUGUAUGGAUAAUACCAUUUUGUCUAGUUUCUCUGCUGUAUAAAACGGUCAAGUAUGUAUAACAAUAAAACGGUCCAGCAUGAACGAAAUGCUUAAUUUAGCUGUACCGUCAUAAUUCAGCAUCUAGAUUUACAACAAGAUUGAUUCACGUUCUGAUGGACCAGACGUUUAUCUAUAAUUAACUCUAUAACAAUAUCUUAAACAUAAUUGGUUUAAAACAAUAAAUGAUUCCCAUAUGAUUCAUAUUAACCUGUGUUACUAUCGCGUUGCAUGUGUGUAUGUGAGUGUAUAAUCGUUGGUUGGAAAUGUAAGGCUUGUACCUCAAUUACUUUACGAUAAGAUGGAUGUAUAAUUUUCAUUCGUGAUGUCCGUCCGAGAUUUUCUUUCUUUGCAAUUAAACAAAUAAAAACCAAUUAUAUCACAAA